UUAAGAAUGUUCUAACUUGAACUUGAACAUGGUUAUUGGUACAUACAUAAAAGUCGGACGAUUUUACUUGCACAUUUCGGCCUAUUUCGAAAACCGCCAUCUGUGCUUAUAUUUAACAGUGUAAUCGAUAAUUCAAAAGAUAAAUAUACAUAUAUAUAUAUAUAUAUUUAUCAAUAACUUAACUGUACUCGCGUGAGAAGCAACAAUUGAUGUGUUUGUUAGUUUGACAAUGGAUAGCGGGGAUACUUGGUCAGCGAUUCGAACAACCCUUCGCAAAAGAAGAGUUGCCUUCGAUUACCUUGGAGUGGAAGUUUGUCGCCAGGCAACUCAGUUCACCGGUUGUGUUCCCUAUAUUCAACUAGGCGUGUCGACGGUAGAUUCUGCUCAACCGUGCUAGAUUGCUAUACUGGAUUAAAAGUGUUAUAAAGGACUACAAAGGUUUGUUAAAAUGUCGAACGCCACCUAUAACGAAUUGUGGGAUCAAGCUCAAAGUGCUUUACACGAGGUGAUUCAAGCUGAUACGACUCUCCAGGGAUCCAGGCCGCAGAAAGACCGCAACAAAGCGCAUAAAAGCGUCGCCGACCUCUACGUUAGAUAUAUUGAGAUCUGUAACAAGUUAAAUCAGUGCUACGAUCAAAUUAUUCAACCCCAAAAAAGAAUAUUGAUAAGGAAGCUUCUUGAUUCGAGCAUCGGUCGAGUACUCGAGCUGAAGCACGAACUAGUCGACAUUGACAUAUCCGAGCACAGUUACUUCGACGACAUAUUACUAAAAUAUGGAGUUACGCCUCAGGAGGCGGAAGUUGUUGUGCCGAAUUACUUCCGGAGAGAACGCCAGAGUGAAAUAGAGGAGAGACGGAAAUUCAUAGAAAAUACCCUGAGGAAGUUGGGCGCCUUUAACGAGGAAGCUACCCCCAGAAAAAUGUCCGAGAUCGAAGCCAUAAGACUGAUACAAACGCAUGAACGAGCAAGGCAGGGACGAGUGAGAUUCCAAUUUAUGAAAGAGAUUCGGGAAAUGAAAGAGAAGUCGACGAUAAAAUCUGAAACGGAGGAGGAGGAUGCUGCCGGUGGAAUAGCAGCUGCCCUCAGGAUCCAAAAGGUCUGGAGAGGCUACAUUACCAGACGUAGAGUACGAAGAAGACGUAUAGACGAGAUGCUCCUGAUCGGUAUGGUUCAGCCGAGCCAAGUGAUAACCGAGAAUGCAAGGCAGGCUGAGCGCAUUAAGCUCUAUAGGCAUCGAAAACAAAUGGAAUAUCAAGAACUUUACGCUAAUCUAGCGCUCGAGACGAAGGAGCGCAUUAGUAGAGAGAAAAGUGCGAUAAUUGAGGAAAACUUGAGAAGCCAAAUUCGCAAAUGGAUCAAUAGCUCUUUUCAGGAAACUGGAAAAAUACCAGAAUUACCAUCAGCCGAGAGCGGUGGUUCCCGUAUAAUAUUUAGCAGACAGGGAACCGAGAGCACAAUUAGUAAAUCAACGGGAGUCUCCUCGAAGGAGUCCAAGAAGUCUAAGAGGAGCAAAACGAAGAAGGAAGGUGAUCUUGAACAAUCGGAAGACGAGUCGGAUCCAGGAUUCAAGCCGAUACCUUCAAACUUUUUGCCGGAAAUUGUGCAAGCAACGCAGGACUAUCAGGAGGUCUGGAAAAGCAAAGAUGAGUCGGCGAAUCUCGAGCAGCGGCCUUACCUUGACAUGAUCGAAGACGAGAAAAGUAGAGAGGUCGAGGAAGAAGUCAGACUCAUAGUCGAUCAAGCCUUACGCGGUGACAUAGAGGCUCUUCAAGCAGCUCUUGAUCGGGACCGGGGUCAUAAGGGCAAGCGGGUCAAAAAAACCCAAAAAAGACUCCGUAGAAGUGGAAAAAAGAACAAACGCAAGAAAGAGAAAGACCUGACCCCAGAUAGAACGACAGAGUCGCUAUUUGAAGAACUAAUCUCUAAUGGCAUUAUCAAACUCCAUCCCGAAAUACGAUUAGGAAACUUCAAGGGCGAGAAAUCUUUUGCCAAUUAUCAACUUAGGGAGAAGGGAAAGGAUCCUCUGCCAGCUCUGGGUGACAUCAGACAGUUGGUAGCAGAGUACUGCAUUCUUCCACUAGGCAACCUCAUCCUCCGCCAACUUAGUCCAUUGGUACGUUCCGUCCUGAUAGGAGGUCCUCACGGGAGUGGAAAGAAAAUGCUCGUGCAUGCCAUCUGCACCGAAUUGGGAGCAACUCUUUUUGAUAUCACUCCGGCAAAUAUUGUUGGGAAAUAUCCUGGAAAAUCGGGACUUAUCAUGCUACUUCACCUGAUAUCAAAGGUAUCACGACUUCUACAGCCGUCGGUAAUUUUCAUGGAGGACGCCGAAAAGCCUUUCGUAAAAAAGAUUUCAAAAAUGGACAAGACUGAUCCUAAGCGCCUGAAGAAAGAUCUCCCAAAAUUGGUUAAAGGUAUCACCGGAGAGGAUCGGGUAAUUCUCGUAGGAACGUCUAGCUCUCCUUGGGAAGCUGAUCAGAAGCUCCUCUAUCAAACGUACGACAAAGCUAUCUAUAUACCCCGACCAGACUAUGGAACAAUGUCUCUCCUCUGGAAGGAUUUACUAUACAAAUACGCAGGGAUCAGCAGACAGUUCGAUACUUCAGCCAUGAGCAAGGUCUGCGAUGGAUUCACGGUUGGCACUGUACUCCAAGCCAUUGACGAGGUGAUGACCACAAAGAGGAUGGUGCAAUUGAGAGUACAGCCAUUGACCCACGGUGAGCUGGUGAAUGCCUUGAGCGCAAAGGAGCCGGUUUACCGCGAAGAGGAAGACGCCUUUCUUACCUGGUUUUCGAAGACGCCAACAUGUCGAAAGAAACAGAGAGCGAUUGAGAUCGAGCAACAAAAACUUGAGGAAGCAAACGAAAAGAAUAAGAAAGGGAAAAAGUAAGACACGGGCGCAGAGAAGGACAAUUGAGCAACCGAUGCGAAUUAGAAGGUUGCACUUUACGAUACAUCAUACGCUGCAUAAAGAUACAAAAAGACUUAGAGUAAUCGAGUAUUAGCAAAAAUAUAAAAUAAUAACGCAAGAAGAUGCGUUUAAUUGUCGAAUUUGUAGAUUAAAACUAGUUGACCGGCGAACCUCCGGUCUUUGUCAAGAAGAAACAAGGCACACGUCAGUCCGUCGGAGUUCCAGUUAAAAAUCCAUGCUAGAAGGAAUCAGAGAAUUUAUACGUAACUAUGUAUAGAAAUAAUGUGCAUGGUGCAUUUAAUAAUAGGUGUGAAUGAACAAGGAUGAAGUGUAAACAGGAGUGCAACGGCAAUAAAGGAAGAGAGUAGAGAGGUUACAAGAAUAAAUGAGAAGAGAUUUAAAGACGGACGAAGAGCAAAAAAUAAAGAGAAAUUUAUCAUCCACAGUGUUUCAAGGGCUCACGGAGAUCGAUGACUUCAAGUUUCAUAAUCUGCGCCUGCCAACGACAAGUGAACCAAUGUAUCGACCAAGUUCAAGAGUUCGCGAUAGCCGCCAGUUAUCAUUUGUCGCCUAACCAAAUGAAGUCAUGAUCCUUGCAUGCGCUGUCUGUGAUUUCUCCUUCGAGAAAUCUAAUCGUUGCAACGUGCUUCUAUCACCCUUGACCCAUGAUUAACUAAUUUGCACGUGUCCAAGCCUAUUCAUAUGUGAUUCGUUACAUGACUAUUCCAUCGAUGAAAUAUCACCAAAUUAUUGCAGGAUCUCUUAUCGAAGUGAUCUUCAGGCUAAUAUCUAUAAUAUAAAAAUGAGCAUUGCCAUUAACAUGGCAAUGAGAGAGAUUUGGCAAUUAUUACAUGAGAAUGGAGUUUCGAUUUAAUUAUCAGUCAGAUCAAUGUCGGGGCGCGCUCUCGAACAAUUUAAGAUGUCCUUGUUCAUAAUUUUAUUACGUCUCAACAUUAGUAUGGACUUAGGUGAAUCUUGUCGUAUGACAAUUUGUAAUGGUAAAAUAUAGUCAUAGGUGAUAUAUUAACAUACAUAUAUUGAUAAAUACUAGAAUGUAAUUACGACAUGCACGUGAAGUUCACGUGGGCUUGUUAAACUUGAUAUAAAAUAUAACUAACCUUUUUGCGUCGCCUCCAGGUAUCUACACAGACGUCACUAAAAAAUAUCUUAUUCAUGCAUGUUUGAUCCCAAAAGUAUGAACGUCCGAAAGAGGAAUGUCAUCGUCAUUAACAUUCCUAACUCCUGUAUUGUAGCAGCACGGAUAAAUCCAACAAGUUUGAAAAGAGGUACUCUUUACUUGUACAACAUAAACUGAAAGUGAUAAAAACCAUUGACCUCGCAGUACAGAUCUCAAGACGCGAAGGACCGAAGUUGCGCAGUUAGCAAGAAUUCAGAAUCAUUCGUUAAUACGUUGCAACGGACUAGGCACGUCAGACAUAUCCAAAGAAGUACAGGCACCUCGUAGACGGAGAAGGAAUAACCGAAGAUCAUGAUCGAUCGUUUGAAACCUUAGAAAUACGCCUUGUCGCCUCAUUACCACUCCGUGGUAGCCCAUCGAAUCGAGACCAAUCGGGAUGUUCAGUUGAGGUGACAAACGACCUACAAAUAAUUAUUCUUUCUCCGACUGCUCUCACCCCUAGAUUGUUGUUUAUGGCCACGGUGUCAUGGCGAUGAUGCCAAUCUGGCAUCCGCCAGCUCUAAACUUCUUUCAUUAGGUCC